UUGAUUGAUUUUAAAACAAACGUCACAAAAGCUAGGUUAUGUUGUCAACUUCGAUUAUUUAAUUUAAUCCGAAGUAAAAUGUGCAGUUUGCCAAAUUCUGAGAAUUGUGAUUUGUGAUCAGAUUCUAAAAAUAAGUGAUAUUAUACACCCGACUCAACAUAAUCAAGAUGAGGUUCAACGAUAAAGAAUUGAUGUCCGUUGGUGAAAGUAAAGUAGAUUUAGAGGGAAUUUUACACCAUAUGAAGCCCCAAGGCAACGACUGGUCGGACUGGUACCAACAACCCUCGUUCAAAGAAAGACAUUUUAAAUUAUUCAACAACCUACUGUUCUACUACCGAGUCAACACCACCGAACAAGAACAACAACAACCACUUGGUGUCUUAGUCCUAGAAAACGCUCAGGUGGCCUACGAGAGACCCCACAAAGGAAUCCCGUUCGCCUUUUCCAUAACAUUCAAAGUAAACGAUAAAUUCAAAGAUAACGAAUCCAAACAUAUAUUUUCGUGUCGCUGCGACGCCGACGUAAACAAAUGGGUUUCGACGCUGAAAGUGCACUCGUACGAGUACUGGCGGUGCCAAUACGUAAUUCUAAAAACGAAAAUCAGCAUGAAGACCGGACAGGACCCCGUGUUGGACUACAUGCGAAGCAAAAAGCCCAAAGACACUCAACCAAAAACCGUCGAAGUAAAAAAGGUGAAACACAAAGAAAAGAAAUCCACUUUUUGCAGCCAUGUGGAAACCUCAACGUUUUAUGAAAGUUACAGUGAAACCAAAGUUGUUAAGACUGGCAAUGUUGCUGUGGAUAAUCUAAUUGACUUGUAGUUGCCCAUAACUAAUUUAUUUGAAAAAGCGCUUAAAAGAUCUCUCUCACAUACAAAUCUUGCCCCAACAAUUCAAAGUGCAAUUAUUGAAAAUGAGGUGAAAAUAAUUUUAGGUUUGUGUUCUUGUAAUUAGUACAACUCAGGUCCAGUUAGUGUUAAUUUAUUUGAUUGUAAAGUAGUAGUACUUCAGCUUUUGUACAAUACUAUAUUUAUGUAUAGAACAAUGAACACAAUUGCUAAAUUGUGACAUCACUGUUGUAAGAUUUUACAAUAAAACACAGUUUAAUCCACGAAA